UUAACAAACACACAAACACCAGCUUGACGUCACUCGUGAGCCUGGUCGAAUUAACUGUCAACUACGUAGAAGGGAAGGGCAUGAAAUGGAGCUACAAUUCCCGAUAUACAGUUAUACAUGCGUCGUAGCUUCUUAAAAGUACACCAGGGCUUUUUUUAGGGGGAUAUUUUCUAUGAACCAGGUCCGCGGCUCAUUUUGUUUUCGACAUCUUGAACCAACUAGUUAGCUGACCGGCUAGCUAGCGUGUUAACUGUUAAAAAAAGGUAACUUCAGACAGCCUCAUGGCGUUAAUCCUGUUUACGAGGUCUCGGGCACCUUUAAUGAAAACCUCCAGGUCGUUGAAGAACGAAUUCAGGAAAGGGAAGGUACAAGAUGGAGCCUGUUUCAACUGCACAGCUCUCAGACUCUCCAGUCAAACACGACUUGGCAGUUUUGCCCACGUGUCUUCACUCGGUUCCUCCGUCCCCUCAUUAGAUGGAUAUGUGGGACCCUACCAGAGCCCGGACUCACAGCGCCUCUACUGUGCUUUUGUGUUGGGGGCCUCUUCUUCAGCGUACCCCGCAGUCACAACGGGGGCCCACUGGACGAUAGCGCGACCGCAGGACGUGACUGGUGUUCGGUGGAUACACACCUCGAGGAGGAGGUGGGACGACUCCAAGGUGGAGAAGUCGCUGCGUUCGUUAAAGGACAAGAAGAAGAAGUUGGAGGAAGGAGGGCCAGUGUACAGCCCGACGCUGGAUGUGAAGCCUGUGAGAAGGACAGUCCAACAGUGGGUCGUAGACGAGGUCAAGCAUUACUACCACGGCUUCAGGCUGCUGUGGAUCGAUACGACCAUUGCAGGGCGAAUGCUGUGGCGGGUGUUGAACGGACACCCGCUGUCCCGCCGCGAGAGGAGACAGUUCCUCAGAACGUGUGCUGACGUCUUCAGACUUCUUCCCUUCCUGGUGUUCAUCAUCGUCCCCUUCAUGGAGUUCCUGCUCCCCGUAGCUCUGAAACUCUUCCCCAACAUGCUGCCGUCCACCUUCGAGACAAAGUCGAAGAAGGAGGAGAGGUUGAAAACGGAGCUGCGAGUCAAACUGGAGAUGGCCAAGUUCUUGCAGGACACCAUCGAGGAGAUCGCUCUGCGGAACAAGGCGGCCCAGGGGAACGCGACGGAGGAGUUCUCCACCUUCUUCCAGAAGAUCCGGGACUCCGGAGAACGUCCCAGUAACGAGCAGAUCAUCAGAUUCUCCAAACUGUUCGAGGACGAACUGACUCUGGACAACCUGACCCGACCUCAGCUGGUGGCUCUCUGCCGUCUCCUGGAGCUCCAGUCCAUCGGCACCAACAACUUCCUCCGCUUCCAGCUGAUCAUGAAGCUGAGGACCAUCCGUGCAGAUGACAAGCUGAUCGCAGAUGAAGGCGUGGAGAGUCUGAACGUGAACGAGGUGCAGGCGGCCUGUCGCGCCAGAGGGAUGAGGUCUCUCGGAGUCACAGAAGAUCGACUGAGGGAGCAACUCAUCCAGUGGUUGGAGCUUCAUCUGAAGCAGCAGAUCCCCACCUCCCUGCUGCUGCUGUCUCGAGCCAUGUUCCUCCCCGACACCCUUUCCCCCGCCGACCAGCUGAAGACCACACUGCAGACGCUGCCCGAGAUGGUGACAAAGGAGGCCCAGUUGAUGGUGGCAGAGAUGGAGCUCUCCAAAGUGGACAAUAAGGCCAAGCUGGAGACCACGCUAAAGGAGGAGGCGGCCAUACGCCAGGACAACAAGGACAGGGAGAUGGAGAGGUUGGCGGACGCUGCAGAGAAGGCUGCCCGGGAGAGUGAGUUGGAGUUCGAAGCAGAGCCGGUCAAAGCUGACAUGGCUGCUCAUUCAGAGACGCUGAGGGACACGGCACCUGUCAUAGAAGGGCUCAAGUGGCAGAGAUUCCAGCGCCAAUGUUUCCAGGGUGAGGAGAUCACCAAAGAGGAGAUUGACCUGUUGAGUGAUGCAUGCACAAAGCUGAAGGACCAGAAGAGGCUGUUGACUCUAGAGAAAGAAGAGCUCGAAGAACUGAAGGACGAUGUCCAGGAAUACAACGAGGAUCUGGAGGAGAUUAAGAUGGAGCUUUCUAAGACCGGUCAAGAAAAGGCACUGGAGGAGUCGAAGGCGAGCCAGCGUCUGUCCAAGAGAGUGGACCGCAUGAUCGGUCGCAUCGGCAAGAUCAUCGGGGAGCUGGAGAAGGACAAGGUCAUCCUGGACGGCCAGGUGGACGUUGGAGCCACCCCACCUGUCGGUCUGUUCUAUGCCUUCAGGGAGAACCUCAUCAGCAUCGGCGAGCUGAUCGCCGUCAUGCGGCAGAUCCAGAACAUUCCAGAGCACAAGCUGCAGAGCAUCGCCGAGGCCCUCGACGACAACAAGGACGGCAAGAUCGACAUCGACGACGUCAUCAAAGUGGUGGAACUGAUCGACAACGAGGACAUCGACAUCUCCACCACUCAGGUGGCCGACAUCAUGGUGAUGCUGCAGAAGGAGGAGAAGCUGAUCGAGAAGGAAAAGGCCAAAGAGAAGGCCGAGAAGGAACAGGCAGCCACACGCAGCUAACUCAUUUUCCAUAAAGACACAUAGCAUUGUAAAACAAAAAAAGAGGGGGAGCAGCAAUAUAAUGUCCCCAUAAAUUUGAACUCCAAAAAAAUUAAUUGUGAUAAAAUGGGGGGGGAAAAGGCACAUUGCCUUUUUAGAAUUCACAAAAUCAAAAAUACACCUAGAUUUGCCAUCAUGUUAAUCUCAUCUGGACUGUUCAUGUAUUAUAUGCUGACAUUUGGUUUUGUGUAAUUUUACUCAAUUUAAUGACCUAACUUAAAAGAUGGCAAAUUGAUCAGAAAAAUUAUGUUUGGGAAAAUAUAUAUAAGGAGAAUGAUUGUUUAAGGCUUGAGGUGGAGCGCCUUUCAUUUCAUUUCAUUCCAUUCAUGUCAUCAUCUCAGAGAAAUGAGAGAUCAUUUCUGGACUUUGCACAGUGAGAAUCAUCGUCAUUACCAUCAGCACACAGUUUAUUUUCCCUUUUUUUGAUUUUGUUUAUUCAUUCUACUCCCACAUUGUAAAGUGACCUGUUGUUUUCUUUUCUAAAUGGCUCGGACAGGGUAGCUUAUUGCUCGCUAAAGGAGGAUAGAACGGUGGCUGCAAACAAAAAUAUAUAAUUGCACACAACCUAGAAGUUCUUUCAAAAACAUCUAAUAAUGUGAGUUUAUUAUAACAGUCCCAAAAACAAAUAAUUAUGGUUUUACGGUCAUUAUUACCACAAAAACACAAGUCAAUGGAGGAUACAUGCUGCUGAAGCGUUUGUCCAAAAGGCCACGGACUGAAGUUGGCAACAUUCAUAUUAAAAUGACGACUGUAAUUUCUUUUCAUUUUGUUCUUAAAACGUAAUUGUCUUUUGUGUCACAUUGUAGCACAUAUCUUCAAAUAUAUUCCUGUUGUGUUCAAUAGAUCUCUGUAAUAUGCCAAAGUUUCACUUUGGCACAUUUAAUAACGGCUUCUGAUUAUUCCUCAAACAAACAAACCAGUUCAGACGGAUCCUGAGGAUCAUAAUAAUCAAUGCGGGGGCACCAAAGCAGCCCACCAAUCAAUUAUAGAUCAGUUGUAUUUGUAGAGUUGGAUCUUUUUUUUUACUAGUUUCUGUUUCAAAAGGUAUCCAGAUGUUCGGAUGUUUUCUGCUCAGAGGGUGAAAUUGCUUAAUGGGGACGUUAAGUAGUUUAUUUUGUGCACAUGAGUAACGCAAUAACCUUUUUUUAGUUUUUAAUGCAACGUGGCCUUAUAUAUAUAUAUAUAUAUAUAUAUAUAUAUAUAUAUAUAUAUAUCAUGGAUCAUACACAGAUAUUAUGGAUCAUAUACUGUUGUGUAUUUAUUUUCAAGCAUUAUAAGGAGAUAGUGGAGCUCUGAUAUUCUUUUCACUCAGGAUUUACUUUGAUGUACUAUAGUUUUUGAGAUUCCUUCAGGUGUAGAUCAGGUGGUUUGAGGUACUGAGUCCUCAGUGUGUUUGUUGUUAUUUACACUGUGUGGGUUGUAAACACAGACGGAGUGAUUUCCGAUAAUAUCCCAGUCCACUACUGACCUUCACGGUCAUCUCGCUGCCCGUUGGCAUUUAUUCGACUGUUCCCACUGCAAGCAGCUUGGCCAGCGUGUCUUUGACAGGACAUUCCAGUUGGGGCGGCAACGAAUGUUUAUUUUGAUUAUAUUUCAUUUGUUUUGUUUAAUCGUUGAAUAUAUCAAAAUUAAAGAAAGAUUGCCAUCUCAAGAGCCUGAAAUAGAAAUGUUAUGCACCGAUUAUCCUGCCAAAAUAAUCUGUAAAUCACUAUAACCGUAUAUUUUGUUAAACAAAUGUUUUUAUUAUAUCACAGAUAAGACGCACAACCUUUUUAACGGUGAACAACAACAAAAACAAUCCUAUCAUCCUAAUUAAGGUUCUUGUCAAUCAUAAGCCUCAUCUCCAUAAAUUGAGGAUAAAUAGAUUUAUAUUUCAUAAAUGGAAACAUUGUGAGUCUGUUCUUUCUUAAUUCUUGUAUUUCUUUUUAAAUCAGGCUUUUUAAUUUCUCGACCAUCACAGCGACCUGGAAAGUUUUUCCAAGUCACUCGUGUUACGAUAUUCACGUUUAUCCCGAUAACGUCCCACGAUCAACGUAUCGCUUUUCCUUUAACGUGAUCUUUUCAAGUCGUUUGUUUGUUGACAUUUGUAAUGUGAUAAUUAAAUUACUACUUUAAUCAAGUCAUUGAUUGAUUGAAAACAAUCAAAUACAAAUAUAUUUUUUACAGCUUUAUUGACCACUCUUGUAACAUCUGAUCAGAUGUUUUUUUGUUUUUUUAUGAACAAGGGGUUCAUUGCUCAUCUUUGCAGGAAAUAAAAAAGUCUCCUGCUGAGUAGUCCGUCAUGUUGCUUGCAGUGUGAACCCCCCCAGUGAAGGGUUCAUCCUCCUAGUUUGUGGUCCUCUGUGGCUGUUUCUCCACGGUAACCGGAGAGGAGCUCAGGUGGACGUGUAGGAAGACAAAGUGGUGCUUAAGAUAACGCAGAGUGGACGGCGCUCCGUUUAAUCCGUUCCCGGAAUCCGGAUGAUUUAGAGUCCCGCUCGCCUCCCGCCAGGCACCGUCCCAGUCCAGGAACCGGCGCUGCCUGCUCUGCGUCGCCUGGGCCCAGUCAGACGGAUGGGCGCUGGGUAAACACUCGCCCCAUACAUGGGCCAAAGCCAGCUCCACUGGAGGGUUGUGUUUAGGUUGGAGACGGUCCGGCGGGACGUGGCACGCUCUCGGACGCAUAAAUCAGCCGUUGCUGUAAACACGUCGCGGCGGCGUUGUGACAACUUCUCGAUGACACUUGGCAGGAGGUGUGACGGGUCGGGCGCAGGGCAGCGCUGUGUGCGUCAGCAGCACUGCCACUGUUUCUAGGCACGAAGGGGUCAAAGGUCAGAGGGGGAGGCGGUGUGCAUAACUUAAAUUAGUCUGUCAAAUGUGAGAGAAUUGUAAAAAAUGCUGAUCACAACCUGUCAGCACCAGAGCCGACAUCUUUAAAACCUUUGUUUUCACUAUACAGUCGAAAAAACCCAAAGAAAUUUAGUUUACAAUUACGAGACAAAUAUUAAUACUCUGUUGAUCAAUUAGUCGACCAUCCUUGUCAACGCUCUUACGCUUGCAAUUUCUGAGCGUCGUCACAAAAGUGCUCGUUUUGUUUGCCGAAGUACAAAAACAGUUCAGCGGUGUUGAUCAUUCAGAGGACAUUUGUUUUAAAGUAAUUAAAAAAGGUAUACAGCUGAUCAGAGAUUAUAUCAUCUCACUCUUUGUGAUGUCACUCCAUGUUCCGCUGUAUAUUCAUUGUGAGGAAUUUAUUUCAUCCAUAGUCUUAUUUCCCACAUGCUAUAUUACAUUUGCAUUCAAGAAAUACUGGGAAAGCAAAACGAUUACAUUUUGAAAUGGAGGACAUGAAGUAGCCCUGAUAUGAGUAUCAUCAGAAUACCACAAGCCAUUCACUGAACAUGGCUAAAAAAACAAUAAAACGUUUUGUUUGCUUAUUUUAUUUACAAAAAGAACUGGCUGCAGUAAAAGGAGCAGAAGUCACCGCUGGCAGCUCUAUGUUUAAAACUACCACCUAAGGGAGGAGGAAAGGAGGGAAACCGUGGGCAACAAUGUUGCUCUAUGUUUAAAACUACCACCUAAGGGAGGAGGAAAGGAAGGAAACCGUGGGCAACAAUGUUGCUCUAUGUUUAAAACUAUCACCUAAGGGAGGAGGAAAGGAAGGAAACCGUGGGCAACAAUGUUGCUCUAUGUUUAAAACUACUACCUAAGGGAGGAGGAAAGGAGGGAAACCGUGGGCAACAAUGUUGCUCUAUGUUUAAAACUACCACCUAAGGGAGGAGGAAAGGAAGGAAACCGUGGGCAACAGAUGGAGUUUUGUCAGCAAGCUUAAAUAAGUUUAAUUUGACAUUUUUAAAAUUGCUGAUUUCAAAAAAUCUUUUUAAGUUUGCUUGCGUUCUUCUGUCCUCUGCUGAGUUUUGCCUCUGUGUAAAAUGCACUAUUGUUUUUUGAUAAUGUGUGUGUGUGUGUGUGUGUGUGUGUGUGUGUGUGUGUUGACUGUCUGGACUCCGUUUGGUGUGAACGUGAGGUUUUCGGAAGAAGCGUGUUGUGAUCUUACGAUAAAUACAAAACCGUCCUAAAAGAGAUUCCUGCGGUGUGAGAGGAGACAAAGUUGCGGACCUCGUGUAGUAGAAGAACAAAACUAAUAGCAAUAAGUCAUUCAUGCUUUGCUCCAUUUUUUUGAGGCGGAUCAAGCGCGUUUUGUAUUAUAUAGAAAAGAACUGUCCUCAUGCUGCCAGCGAGAAACUUCUAACUGAAUCCACACGUUACUAAAAAAGUAACGUGUGGAUUCUUCCUGACGUCAGGGUUAGUCGUUGGUCGUUGUACGGGACCUUUCCCACUCUUGUUGCACUCCCUACUAGACAAAUUAUAUAUUUUUUGCAGGAUACAAGUAUAUGAGUUUACUCUUGAGGUAGAAGAGGAGAGAAAAAGAGCAGCUGGAGACUGAAAGCAGAAUCCGCAGUGUGUUGUCAAUGAAACAUGGUGAGGAUUCUGUCGUCGUCGACGUAUAGAGAGUUAAAGGAGCAGCUCGGACCUCUGUCAGGUCUGCAAAAAUGGACUAAUUUCAUUUAAAUAAUAGUGCAGCCACCAUCAGGAAACUUGUUUUUCUAAAAAGGUGUGUUCAGGCAGAAACUCUGCUUCUUUUUCGUCGUCUCUCGUCGAUUCCAUAUGCACAUUGCUAUGCAACUGUCUGAAGAAUUUGAAAGACAAGUGCACUUCACUUUCUGUCUGAACACACAGCGAAGAGUCACUUGAAAGCCUCGUGUCGGGCCGCCACACAAACCGACACAAAGUGUUCAAAUGAACGCUGGAAAGGAAAGUGGGGAUCCGGCGUGGCUCUUUUCAGCUUUUUAAAAGAAAAACUUCAGAGAAAGAUGAAACAUGUUGCCGUAUAACUACGUUAUGUUUAUGCAAAUAGAAUACAAAAAUUGGCCUACUGGAUAUUUUUUGGUUUUGAGAUAGUUAUGUUAUUUAUUUAUUUAAUCAAAUUAUUUUUUGCGGGGGGUGUUUUUUCAUCCAAAAGAUCUUCUUUAAGAAUUGACUGGAUUGGACUUGAUUCUAGUUGAACUUGACUCUCGAAUGUAUGAGAAGUAUCAGUUUUCUUUUUUUUUUAAAAAACACGUUCAUGUAAAGAAACAUCGUUUACAAAAUGAAAUCAUGAGUGUUGAAUAAAUUACAGAUGAUCCUGGA